AUGGCCUACCAACCCCAACAGUUCGACGUGGUCAGUGGCGAGCAGUACCGCUACGCGUUGACCAACUUCCGAAUCGCGCACGAAAAAGUCGAGGAACAGCGUCGGCAGCUUGAAGAACAGGAAAAACAGGUUGCGUUGCUUCGUGCACGGAUCGCUUUACUAGAAGGGACAGCGAACGAGGAGCCGCAAGAGGGUGUCAGACAACAUGGGGGCAGCUCAGUCGAUGACUUCUCCAUCAAAAAUGCGGCGUCCCAGUUGGAGCGCUUGAUCAACCGCUGGGCAGCAGACAUUGUGCGCACGCUGCCAUCUGGGCUGUCUGACAUUCAUAGGGCCGCCGUGGGCGACAUCACAGGGUCUUAUGAUCACGCGCCCUAUGAAGCCACACCGAUUCAGGUACAGAACAUCCUCCGCCAUGCAAUGUCAGAAGUUAUUGGCAACGAGAUCGUCAACAAUCUCGUCGUGACCAACUCCCCCGAAGCAAACGUUCAACUAACGAGGAUUCACGAGCACCUAUUCGCGCGCAACCCUGUUGUGGCAUGCGUUUGGCGCCGACAAACAUUCUCAGCAGCAGUGGAGACUUGCGACCCAGAAAUGACAGCCGCCAUUCUUGCGGAGACCCUCCCAGCGCUCACAAAAGUGCUCGGGGGAUCAGCAAGCAGUACAGCCCCGAUUCUAGCAAGCGCAUACACGUUCUCGCGCAUGCUGCACGGCGCCCCGUCAUCAUCCACCGACGCAUUCUACCGCAGCUUCGUUCCCGAGCUCGGAAGUAUACUCUACCCACGUCAGAUAGAGCUUGUACGCCGCUGUCUCAAGAGCGAGCGCGGCGAGCAGGACCGUGUAGGUGCAACAAUCUUCCCUGGGCUUGUAAAAGUCACGAGGGGUGGCGCUCGACCUACUGAGCAGAACCAGGAAAUGGUACAUACGGUGGUGCGGCGCGCGCAGGUGAUCUGCGAAUGUGCGCUCGUAUCAUCGGGGAACGUGCCAAUGCAGGAAUAG